AUGACCCAUGGGCUGAGACUUCUUCUUAUUAACCAAUCUAAUGAAAAGAAUGGAAAGGGCCACAGUUACAAACAUCAGUUACAUCACUAUCUGAAAAGAGUCACACUCACAGACACCGACAACCUGAGUUCUUAUUUUGAUGAAAAUGGAGAAUUUGUCACUCACUAUGGGAUUUAUAACUUGUUCCUUAAUGAUUUUCCCUAUGCCUUGUCUUGGGCACAAGUUGGAAAUGACACCCCCAUUGUGAGAGCCAACAACAGAAGUCUCAGUUUCCUCCUCCUUGUCUCCAUCAAGCUGAGUUUCCUCAGUGUGUUUCUGUUCCUCGGUCGCCCUGGGGAUAUAACCUGCCGGCUGCGUAACAUCACUUAUGGAAUCGCCUUCUCCAUAGCCGUCUCUUCUCUCCUGGCCAAGACUAUCAUGGUUUAUAUUGCUUUCAAAUCCACCAAGCCAGGGAGCUCAUGGGGAAAAUGGAUGGGAGUGAAACUGUCCAAAUCUGUAGUCUUGGUCUUUUCAUCCAUUCAAAUAAUAAUCUGCAUUACUUGGUUGGCCAUUUCUCCUCCCUUUCAGGAACUGGACAUUCACACUUACCCUGGAACCAUCAUCAUUCAGUGCAAUGAGGGCUCAGCUCUUGGCUUUUACUCAGUUAUUGGGUAUAUGGGGCUUCUGGCAGCUGUUAGUUUUGUUUUAGCAUUUUUAGCUCGGAGCUUACCGGACAGUUUUAAUGAGGCCAAGUACAUC